AUGGUAUUUAAGUCAAAGUCUGAAUUUAUGCAAGCCACUAGGGAUUACACAAUUCAGUGGGGUAGAAAUAUUUCAUUCGUCAAGAAUGAUAAAGUUAGAGUUAGAGCUGUUUAUAAGAGUGAUGAUUGUCCAUGGGUUGUAUACUGUGCAUGUAACAAACUAGACAGGUCUUGGCAAAUUAAAACUCUGGUUGAUAAUCACACAUGUUCUAGGAGGAGGAAGAAUAGAGCUGCCACCCAAACAUGGACACUUAAUAAAUUAGUCCCUAAGCUUAGGAAACAUCCCACUAUGAAGCACCGAGAGCACGUGUAUACUAGAGCCUUGAAAGCUGCUAAGAAGGUCGUUGAGGGAGAUGAAAUAGCACAGUACGGGUUAGUGUGGGACUAUGCUAAUGAACUACUGACUAGCAAUCCCGGAUCCACAAUUCAAGUUGGUGUCAUCCCCAUGCCCGAGAGCCCUCCCCUGUUUGAACGAUUCUAUGUCUGUCUCGAUGCUUGUAAGAGGGGGUUUAAGGCAGGUUGUAGACCUUUGAUAGGACUGGAUGGAACAUUUCUGAAGACAUUACAUGGGGGGCAAAUCCUUACAGCAUGUGGACAGGAUGCUAACAAUCAUAUCUUUGUGAUUGCUUAUGCUAUUGUAAGUGCGGAAAAUAAGGAUAACUGGCAGUGGUUCCUGGAACUACUGCACAAGGAUCUGGGAGACUACAAGAAGAACAAAUGGUGCUUCAUCUCGGACAUGCAGAAGGGUUUAAUUCCUGUCGUUCAGGAGGUGUUUCCAAGGGUCCAUCAUCGCUUCUGCGUGUGGCAUCUGUGGCGCAAUUUCUCAAAACAAUGGUCAAGCACUGAGUUAAAAGAUAUGAAAGACAUCUCACAUGACUAUACACUACAACAAUUCCUUAAGAUAGCGACGGUUAUUUUGCGGCGGUUGUGUGAAACUGCCGCAAAACGACAAUCUGCGGCGCAUAUAGCGGCGGUUAGGGGUUGGGGCUGCAAUCAGGCCGACAUUUAG